CCGCGCACGCGCCACUCGAGGAGUCCAGAAGCGUAACUGAGAAAUGAGAUGGAGAAGUACGAGCGGAUCCGAGUGGUGGGAAGAGGUGCCUUCGGGAUUGUGCACCUGUGCCUUCGAAAGGCCGACCAGAAGCUGGUGAUCAUCAAGCAGAUCCCAGUGGAACAGAUGACCAAAGAGGAGAGGCAGGCAGCACAGAAUGAGUGCCAGGUGCUCAAACUGCUCAACCACCCCAACGUCAUUGAGUACUACGAGAACUUCCUGGAGGACAAGGCCCUCAUGAUCGCCAUGGAAUAUGCACCAGGUGGCACCCUGGCUGAGUUCAUCCAGAAGCGCUGCAACUCCCUGCUGGAGGAGGAGACGAUCCUUCACUUCUUUGUGCAGAUCCUGCUUGCGCUGCAUCAUGUGCACACACACCUCAUCCUGCAUCGGGACCUCAAGACCCAGAACAUCCUUCUUGACAAGCACCGCAUGGUCGUCAAGAUCGGGGACUUUGGCAUCUCUAAGAUCCUUAGCAGCAAGAGCAAGGCCUACACGGUGGUGGGUACUCCAUGCUACAUCUCCCCUGAGCUAUGUGAGGGCAAGCCCUACAACCAGAAGAGUGACAUCUGGGCUCUGGGCUGUGUCUUAUAUGAGCUUGCCAGUCUCAAGAGGGCCUUUGAGGCAGCGAACUUGCCCGCCCUGGUGCUGAAGAUCAUGAGCGGCACCUUUGCACCCAUCUCUGACCGUUACAGUCCUGAGCUACGCCAGCUUGUCCUGAGUCUGCUCAGCCUGGAACCUGCACAGCGGCCACCCCUCAGCCACAUCAUGGCUCAGCCCCUCUGCAUCCGGGCCCUACUCAACAUCCACACCGAUGUGGGCAGCGUCCGCAUGCGGAGGGCAGAGAAGUGCCUGACCCCAGGAACACCUAUGGCCCCGGGCAGCACAGGGAGCAGGGCCACCAGUGCCCGAUGCAGGGGUGUCCCCCGGGGACCUGUGAGACCGGCCAUCCCGCCGCCUCUGUCUUCGGUCUACGCUUGGGGUGGUGGCCUUAGCAUUCCCCUGAGGUUGCCGAUGCCCAACACGGAGGUGGUCCAGGUGGCCGCAGGGCGCACACAGAAGGCUGGCGUUACACGCUCUGGACGCCUCAUUCUGUGGGAGGCCCCACCCCUGGGAACUGGAGGCGGCACACUCCUUCCGGGGGCAGUGGAGCUGCCUCAGCCCCAGUUUGUCUCUCGUUUCCUGGAGGGCCAGUCAGGCGUGACCAUCAAGCAUGUGGCCUGCGGGGACCUGUUCACUGCUUGCUUGACGGACAGAGGCAUCAUCAUGACUUUUGGCAGCGGCAGCAACGGGUGUUUAGGUCACGGCAGCCUGACUGACAUCAGCCAGCCCACCAUUGUAGAGGCCCUGCUGGGAUAUGAGAUGGUGCAGGUGGCCUGUGGAGCCUCUCAUGUGCUGGCCCUGUCCGCAGAUGGAGAGUUAUUCGCCUGGGGCCGAGGAGAUGGCGGUAGGCUGGGACUAGGCACCAGGGAGUCCCAUAACUGCCCUCAGCAGGUGCCUAUGGCCCCAGGACAGGAAGCUCAGAGAGUUAUCUGUGGUAUUGACUGCUCCAUGAUCCUCACCUCACCAGGCAGGGUCCUGGCCUGUGGAAGUAACAGGUUCAACAAGCUAGGCUUGGACUGCCUGUCCCUGGAGGAGGAGCCUGUUCCCCACCAGCAAGUGGAGGAGGCCCUGAGCUUCGCACCACUGGGUUCCGCACCUCUGGACCAGGAGCCCCUGCUGUGCGUGGACCUUGGCACUGCUCAUUCAGCUGCUGUGACUGCUUCCGGGGCCUGCUAUACUUUUGGCAGCAAUCAGCAUGGGCAAUUGGGCACCAGUUCCCGCCGGGUCAGCAGGGCACCCUGUCGGGUCCAAGGCCUAGAGGGCAUCAAGAUGGUGAUGGUGGCCUGCGGGGAUGCCUUCACUGUGGCCAUUGGGGCAGAGGGGGAAGUGUAUUCUUGGGGCAAAGGAGCCCGGGGUCGCCUGGGAAGGAGGGAUGAGGAUGCCGGACUCCCUAGACCAGUGCAGCUGGAUGAGACGCAUCCUUACACAGUGACCUCAGUGUCCUGCUGCCAUGGGAACACUCUUUUGGCUGUUCGAUCAGUCACAGAUGAACCAGUUCCCCCCUGAGGCAACAAGAUUAUCCAAGAGACCACCUCUGAGUGUUCCGAAAAAUGCAGGUGCUUGAGGAAUGACUGUUUUCAGCGUCGCCCUGGAUUGUGUCAUCAAUGGGGUAGAAAGGCCAGUGACAUCUACUCUGUUCCCCCAAGUCCCUGUCCCAGAACUCUUUAUCUUACUAUCUCCAGGAUCCAGUCUGGUAGGAAUCAACAGAAGGAUGGCCUUCAAAGACUUGACUAAAAAAACCACCUUCCCUGGGCUGGAGAGAUGGCUCAGCAGUUAAGAGCACUGACUGCUCUUCCAGAGGUCCUGAGUUCAAAUCCCAGCAACCACAUGGUGGCUCACGACCAUCUGUAAUGAGAUCCCGUGCCCUCUUCUGGUGUGUCUGAAGACAGCUACAGUAUAUGUAUAUAAUACAUACAUACACACACACACACACACACA